AAAAAAAAAAAGAGAGAGAGAAAAAAGGAGAAGUAUCUAUUUCAGCAGACUGCGACCAAGUGAAAAAGUGGAAGAGGAGUCUACAGAGAAGACGACGUCUCGCUUCUCUGGGGAGAUUUCGAGGCGAAUCCAGUAAAGCAAAGUCCCCCAAACAGUGAAUGGAAAAUGCCACGUUCCUUUUUGGUGAAGAGCAAAAAAGCCCAUACCUAUCACCAACACCGCUUUCUGGAAGAUGACCUGCCUAUACUCACAUGGGAUCCAGUAACCUCUCCCUUCACUGCCAUAGGAGACAAGACAGCAGAAGACAUCAAGAAACAGGACCUGGAAUGCGUAGUUCCGAAACAAGAAAAGGACCCAUGUGAACCAAAAGAAGAAAGUGUCCCUGUGCAGUACCUGAGCAGGAUGCUGCCAGGCCCUUCAGCUCAAGAGAUGGCCAUCCCAAGUCUGCAGAUCAAAGACUGCCUUGACACAAGAAGCACCCCUACCUUCUACAAAACCGACUUUUCUUGGAAUGCUUUCCAUCUGCCAUACAGCUACCAACAAAUGUCUUCCACCAUGCAGUCAGCCCUCUUGGAGCACCCAGUUAGCCUGUACGGAAGCCACCUCCUGCCAAGCGCCGAGCCCCCUCUGGAUUACAGCAUGCAUUACUCCUCAGACACAGAGACCUACCACUGUGUGAAGUGCAAUAAGGUGUUCUCCACUCCCCAUGGACUGGAGGUCCAUGUCCGAAGAUCUCAUAGUGGCACACGUCCCUUUGCUUGUGAAGUAUGUGGCAAAACCUUUGGACACGCUGUAAGCCUGGAGCAGCACACCAAUAUUCACUCCCAGGAAAGAAGUUUUGAGUGCAAGAUGUGUGGGAAGACAUUCAAACGUUCCUCCACCCUCUCCACUCAUCUACUGAUCCAUUCAGACACACGGCCCUAUCCCUGCCAAUACUGCGGCAAGCGCUUCCACCAGAAGUCGGAUAUGAAGAAACACACUUACAUCCAUACUGGGGAGAAGCCCCACAAAUGUCAAGUAUGCGGCAAAGCCUUCAGCCAGAGCUCAAACCUCAUCACUCACAGCCGCAAGCACACUGGCUUCAAGCCCUUCAGCUGUGAGCUCUGUGCCAAGGGCUUCCAGCGCAAGGUGGAUCUACGGAGGCACCGAGAGACCCAACACAGUCUCAAGUGAGGAACGGCUGCAGGUCUUUGUUGGAGCUCCCACUGCAGGUGCUCCAGGGAAGAAGACUCUCCCUAGCACCUCCAUCCAGCAUGGGGCUGCCCACCUCAUAAAGCUCAUAUAGCUUCCCUGAGGACUGGCUUUGAUGUUCUGCCACCCUAGGGCCUCGUACAUCCCAGGAGGUGACAAAGAAACCUAUAGGAGCUCUCAUUUUCCAGUUACAACAGGCACCAGCCCAGACUCGACAUCACCUGCAAAUCCAGAGGAAUUCCUCUAAGGUCAUUAUUACUGUGGAUUUACACAAGAGGCAGACAUUAGUUCAGAUGACUGAUCAUCAGUGAGCUGGGAACUCCUGGACAAGUGGCAGCAACAAUCUGUGCCAAACUAAUGCUGUAACCGUGUUCUGCUUUGAUGGUUAGGACGAUAAGGCUAGGGCAUGCAAAUAGAUUGCCUUCGGUGAGCUGUGUUCAGCCUGACCAGGGCUUCUGCAGAGACUUGCCUAGGUCUGGCAACAGACACCUAAAGACAUUUUCUUUCAGUGGAGCAUUUACUGUGAUCAAAUGACAAGUUAAGCGUGUUGUAUUUUUAGCUCGGAGUAGGAGGAAAAUACUGAAAAACAACUCUUAUUCCUAGCUGAUAACAGGGGUCUCUAAAUGCUGAUACACACCAGGCUGCAAGGAUCCCUGGAGCAGUGGCAACCAAGCAAGCUCCAGAAAGAGCCAUGACACAGCACCAGGCAUAAGCUAAUCUGCCCCACGUCUCAGUACCAUGCAAGAGAAACUCGCUGCUCUCGGAAUCCAGGCUGAUAUGUCCCACAAUAUUUCCCUGCAUGCUAGACUUACUGACUAGGAGCUCUCCUGGGCAAUCCUGUGUCACUGUGUGAUCAGGAAUGGCCCUUGGAUAUCCAUGUCAAGGAGUAGAGUUCUGCUUUCCAGCUUCUCUUAAAGGAGGAAGCAACCUAGCCCAUACACAUUGGCACAGUAUGAGAGUAUCUUAUAAAUAGAAACAGAGCGGUGGUAUUUCCUCCUUUUUCCAGGUCGAGGGUGUGAAGCAAAGUACUGGAACAGGUAAAAAGCCAGUUCCCCUCCAAGCUCUGCUAAUUUCUCACUAAGAGACCUUUGGCGAGUCACUGCUCGGGGCUUUUAUUUCUCCACCCCUCCUGGUGACGUGGAGUCAUUCACUCAGGUUUGUAGAGUCCCUCGAGUUCUUAACAGGAAGGCCAAAGUAUUAUUAUAGCAUUAAAAAGACAAGUGCUAUCAGUUAAGUGGGGCAUUGUAGCAGCACACAACCCACUCCAUAACUACAUCCCUGAACACAUGGCCGUGGACAAUGACACUGGUGGGAAGUAGUCUGGAGAAUGGACUGUGGCAUUAGCCAUUUCACUCCUAAUGCUUAUGAAUAAAGGAUGCCGCAUGGGCAAAGAAGAAACGGUCCAAGUAGAAAAUUCACUUAUCGCCAGGAGAGAGAGAGGUCUGUUUCUACCCUCAGUCACACUGCUGUAAAUCCAAAAUUAUUCUCCUAAGACCUAAAAUGCACCUGCCCGUUUUAUGAUGUGCCUAAGCUGGUAGUCAUUAAUAUGCAUUCUGAAAGCUCAAAAGAGAUUCUGUACUCCUGGCUUUACUUGUACACUGUAGAUAUGUAUUUAUACUUAUUCUAAUGUAUAUUUUUAUUGCACUAUACCAGACAGUGACAACAUGUAUAGGCCUGCUGGAAUUUAUCUGGUAAAUCUGUUCCCUCUCAGUAACUGGGCUAAUAGAACACAUUUCAUGUUAAAAGCAUCCAUUUCAAGAAAGGUUCAUACUUGGCUCCGGAGAUAAAGGCAGUGGAGAUGGUGGGGAAAAGGAGAAGGGAAAGAGUACAGCAUUGCCCCAUACAGUUCAAGUAGAAAUAAAGAUGGAAAUUCACAUGCAGAAUGAGACUCCCAAACUUAGAUGUGAAAGAAGACAAAUUCAGGGAGCAGGGGCAUAUCUGCUACAGAAGAGCCAUGAACAUCACCGAAAGCCUGGGAUCAGGGGAUAUUCCUCUUCAGAGACAGAUUUAUACAGAGCCCCACACAGGCAGCAGGCAGCUCGCCGGAGCAAGAACGCUGUGCAGCUCAAGUCCCAUCGAGUGACAUGGGAUUGUGUGCCCAGACAGGGUUAUUGAAGCCCCCAUUAACACUCUGCUGUCCUUCCCUGGGUCAUGCCAGAACCUGGUCAGGGAAGAGACUCGGGGAGCUGUAUCACUGGUGACUGAAUUACAUUUAGGGAACCGGUCCCCAGGCACACACAUGAAAACUCUCACACAUGCACAAGCCUUAGUCAGGGUAAAGUCAUAUCAGCUUAUUAAAGCUGUGAGCCAUGUUUGUUAUUCCCUUUGUCCUCUGCAAAUUUGUAAGCAAAUAUUUAAAGAGCAUGGGAGCAUCUGAACUGUUUGGGACCGAAUACCCUCCAGCCCCAAAACACACAGACACACCAGCACAGACUUCCCCGUCUGUGUCCUGGGGACGGCAGCUGUGUCUGACUCAUCCCAAGCUCCCAGUUAUGGCCAGUCUGGAGCGAAGUGCUGGCACACACUGAUCCGCACCACCGCAAGGCUGCCUGUAAAACUACUCAUAAAACCAAAUCAGACAGCUGGUUCUUCUGAGCUCGCUGAACAAGGGCUACUGUAUCCACUAGAUUUCCAUUCUUAUCUUUGAUUUCCAUGGUACAGAGGAGGUAUAGCCUUCAACAGGCAGCUGGGGUGUCUCCUGUCCUAAGCCUGUGCUUCUCCAGCCUGCUUCUCCUUCCUAACAAAGCACUGAUCACCUCAG